AUGCCGGACAGGACCUUGGUCACUCCGCUGCUGGUCGGUCGCCUCGAAAUUCUCACCUCGAAGGAAGCCAUCGAGCCCCAGUUGGAGAUGGCCACGCUGAUCGGCUUUGGUCGCGGUACCGUGGCGACGCCGGAGGACCCCGACUUGCGUGCGGAGUUUCGCGCCGUGCAGUUGGUGACCUUCGCGGUCAUCUCGCGGUGCUGCUCUCCGGGCGUGCAGAUCGCCCUAAAGUCGUGCAGAGAGUACCACAACGCCGGCCACUGGGCGUGGCAUUUCAUCGAGUCAAAUUACCUGGUCACCGACGACUUGUUCAUCGCCCUGCUUGAGGGGCAGCUGACGCGCCUGCGUAUGGGCGACCAGGAGACUGCGACCGACUACUGCAACCGCGCUCAGCGAACUCUCGCCACCAUAAGGAUGGCUGGCGCGCAGUACUCAACGGCGUCAUACGUCAUGCACGUCAUGCAGGGACUCUCGAGCAGCUACAACCUACUAAAGCGGUUGUCGAUGGCGCCGAGCAUACGGGCGACGCUCAACGAGGACACCUUGACCUCGUACAUCUUGCAGGACGAGGCGAUGCAGGAGGCUGAGCAGUCCCAGGAGCUGUUAGUGCAGGCGAACUACGUCGCCCUGUCGAAUCAAGGUGGUCGACCGGGGCAGCGCGGCAGUCUAGUGGCGGUGGUAGCAGUGGCUGGAAGCCGACCAAGGACGCCGACAAGAAGAAGUCGGUCAAGGAAAGCGGUCGUGGAGGAGGAAGUCGACGUCGGGAGUGCUGGCUGUAUGGCGACCCUGACCACCUAUUCUUCGAGUGCGCUGAUCGAAGUGACUCCGACGAGGACGAUGCCAAGGCAGGCCGCGGGAGGUCUGGCAGCCGUCGUUACCGUCGAGGUAGAAACUAGCCGUGCAAGGAGAAGCAGUCAACCAAGUCGACGUCAACGAAGGACCCCAACUCUUUUGCUGGCGGCAAAGGGCGAGACGACAAAGAGGCGCUGUGCUCGCUGGUCGGCGUGGUGGAGCCGACCGACCGUCUCACUAGCACCGGAGGCUGGCGAGGACUUGCAGGCGGUGGCAGCAGCUGUGCAGGCGAAUCCGGUGGUGGUCCUGCUCGACAACGGCUGCUUGCACCACCCGAUUGGGACGAAUGAGGUCUUCGUUGACCUGCAGCCAAGCGGCGACGUCAAGCACAUGCACGGCUUAAAUGGGGCGCUGCAGGACAUCCAGAGCCAUGGCAGUGUCGCUCUGCAAGGGGAGGCUGUGAAGCAGGUGCUCAUCCCCGUUGUGCUCUACGUCCCAGGCAUGCGACCAAACCUGCUUUCGGCCGGCCAGCUAAAGGAGAACGGCGUGAAGUUGCAGGAGGACGGCGACGGGAUGCUGCUCCUCUCGGUGGCCAGAGUGAUGCUCGGUUGGGCGACGUACACCGGCCGUGUCCUUUGCACUGACUUGCGCCCCUGCUCGACCAAGCAGACAACGACCAUCACGGAGGUGGUGGCCCCGCAGGCGAUCGUUUCAACGACGAAGGCAACGCCGGAUAGGCUGCAUGCGAGGCUUGAGCACAUCAGCAUGGACACCAUACGGAGCUCGACGAAGCACGAGGUCGCUAUUGGGCUGGACCUCAAGUCGGCGUCGGGCGCCGACUUAUCGUGUGUCUCGUGUGUCGGAGGGAAGCUGGCGCGGCACACCAUCCCUGACCAGGGUUCCAAUGCCGACGACGUGCUGGCCGUCGUGCACAUCGACUUGUGCGGGCCAUUCCGCGCGGCUGCCAAGGACGGUAGCCUGUACUUCUUGCUGCUAAAGGACCGCAAGACCCGCUACGUGUGGGUGAGGCCGGUCGGCAAAAAGUCGGAUGCGCUGCAGGAAUUCGUAGAGUGGCUGGCGGUGGCUGAGCGACAGACGAAGAAGUCGGUGUUGAUGCUGCACUCUGACCAGGGAGGGGAGUUCCUCGGGAAGCGGCUCACCGACUUCGUGAACGGCAAGGGGAUCCGUGGUGGGAAGCUGAAGCCGAAUGCCAGGUGGGGCCUUCACCUCGGUGUGUCGGAGGAAAGCAAGGACUGGGAACUCCUCGACAUCGCCGACAACCUGGUGGUCACCACGUCAGACGUGGUGUUCUACGAGAGCACGUCGCUUGAGGUGUGGAAGUCGGAGCAUGGGCUGGCGUCGGGGAGGACACCGGUCCACCCGUCGACGGACACUUCGACGGCGACACUGCCUUUGCUCGCCGAGGUCGGUGAGCUUGCUGAUGAGGACGCCGAGAUCGUCCGUCCUCCUUCCCCUCCCACUGCAACCCUUGCCCCUCCCCUAGUGGCCGACGUGAGCGAGCUGACUCCGGUGUCGGCCUCCAACGAUGAGGGGAGAAGUGGGACGUCGCCUUCGCCGCCGGCCAAGAGCAUUGCCGGUGGCCGACGUGACGAGCAGCAAGACAACGUGAGAGUGAAUUCGACGUUGAUAGGGGAGGAGCAGGCCGUGGAGGUGAAGCCGACCACGGAUCAGUCGGCAACCAGGCAGUUGGCAGAGGAGCCGACCACAGGGGAGAAGUCGGCUGGGACGCUGACCGUGGUGCAGCAGGACGCUGAGGGCAGCAAAGUCGUUGACGAAGGAGGGGACGCCGAGGAGUCCACCGACGGUGACGUGGUUGAGGUCCAGAAUGGACCACGGCAGUCAGGCCGAAUCCGGAGGCCACCCGACUUCUUCGUCCCCGCUGCCUUCACCACGGUGUACGACGUGGGCGACGAUGACCUGCCAUACGACGACGCCAAGGAGGAUGAGGACUUUCCGGAGCUCGACCCUGACAUUCAUGCCGACCUCGAGCACCCUCGACAUGAAGAAUGCUUCCUGCAGAGCAAGCUCGACCGGGUGCUGUACAUGUACCAGCCGGACUACUUCGACGACGGGACCGGCCGGGUGUGUAAGCUGCUAAAGAGCCUCUACGGGCUGAAGCAGUCGCCGCUUUUGUGGUACCAGGCUCUCAACGACGUGCUGGUGCUGGUCUACGUCGACGACCUGCUCGCCGCCAACAGCAACUUCGAGAAGUUGAACGAGCUGCUAGAGGCCGCCUUCAAGCUGUGCAAGAACUCACUGGUGCAGAAGUACCUUCGGCUGGAGAUCGUUCGCGACGGGACUGCGGGGCAGAUGUGGCUACACCAGCAGGGCUAUGCCGACAAGCCGCAUAGGCGCUUCAUCGACGAGGAGCAGACCGGGCGCACCCCGAAGACGCCAGUCUUGGUUGACGCCCAUGCCGAGCUCACCUUCGACGACGAGGUGGCACAGGAGCGACAGGAGGAGUACCAGCAGAAGGUCGGCUCGCUGCAGUUUGCAGUGACGACGACAAGGCCAAACAUCGCCUUUGCCUGCAGCAAGCUGGGAAGCGGCCUCACGGUGAGGAGCGACCAGCACUGGCGUGAGGUCGACCGCUGCCUCACCUACCUCGCCAACACCCGCGACACCGCCCUGGAGUUCGGCGGUGGACCAGAGUCGCUGGAGCUGGUCAGCUACGUGGACGCCGACGACGCCGGUGACAAGCAGAAGAGGAUGAGCACGGGCGGCUAUGUGUUCGUCCACGGAUUGGCCGCAGUCUCUUGGUCGAGCCAGCACAUCAAGUGCGUGACCCUGUUGUCGACUGAGUGGGAGUAUGUCGCGGACACCGAAGCCGGCAAGGAGGGACGCUACCUUCGCUUCCUCCUUGCAAAGUUACGGCAGCUGGAUGACGGGAAGCCGACUGUCCUCCGAGUAGACAACAAGUCGGCCAUCACGGUCGCCGAGGGCAUGGGGUUGACGGGCAACCUCAAGCAUAUGGAAUGGUGGCAGGCCUGGCUGCAGCACAUGGUGAAGCGCGGGAAGUUCUCGGUGAAGUAG